AUGGCUAGCCCACAUGUUCUUGUGUUCGAUGCUGAGGGCCGCCCUGUGAAGUUUGGCACCUGGCUCGAUGACCUGCACCUCUACCUACAGCUCACAGCCAAGGAUGACAUCUCACUGUACGAUCACGCACUAGGCCAUAUCACUGCCCCUGCUGCCACUGCUGACAGCACUGCUCGCUCCCAGUGGCAGACUCGUGAUGCCCACGCUCGCUUCGCUAUUCGCAACUCCCUGGCAAUAGACGAACGCGAGCACUUUGGGCAGCACAAGACUGCACAGGCACUGUACACAGCCGUAGUUGCUCGCUACUCCUCACCUGCCUCUGCCGCGCUAGGCCGUCUCUCCCUCCCCUACCUGUUUCCCGACCUGUCCUCCUUUCACACAGUCGCUGACCUCAUCACGCACCUCCUCACCCGCCUCCCUGACACACUGCGUGCUGUCAGGGACCACUUCCUAGCUCGUUGCCCCAUUGAGCUCACCAUUGCCCUCCUCGAGAAGGAGCUACUUGCAGCUGAGACUAGUAUAGUCGCUGUAGGUGCCUCUCGUGGCGACCCCCGUACCCCGUUCUUUGAGGGGUGUUCUCCUUCCCCCCUUCUUCCCUCUGUCGCCUCUGCUGCUGCUGUCGACCUUCUCGGUGCUGAGAAGGUCGGCACUGCGUCUGCCUCGAGCGGGCGCCGCAUCGGCAAGGGCAAAGGGGGCAAGGGUGGUGGCGGUGACGGCGGGGGAGGCGGCAGUGGGGGUGGUGGAGGCAGUGGGGGUGGUGGCUCGGCUGGAGGGGCGAGUGGUAGCGGUGGGGGUGGUAGCGGCAGCGGCGGGGGCGGUAGCAGGAGUGGAGGCGGCGGUUGGGGUGGCGGUGGACGCGGCGCCGGCAGGGGUUGGGGCGGUCGAGGAGGUGGCAGCGGUGGUGGUUGCCGUGGAGGCGCUGGCGGUGCUCAGGGCCAGCAGCACACUCCUUCGCCCCAGGAGGUCCGUGAGUGGUACUCUCAGCACGGGGAUGGGGGUGGUCUUGGCUGCACGUACGUCAUUCGCACUGGUGACCGCACAGGUCAGCAGUGUGGACGACAACACGCCACACAGCGCUGCUUCUCUCGUCUCGACGACGCUUGGCGUGUUCAGUUCCCUCAGGCCACUGAGCUGCCCCGCUGGCUUGAUCUCCUUAAGAAGGGGAUUGAUAUCUAUGCUCUAGAUUUUGAUGCUAUUCUAUCUGCCAUGUAUGUGAUGUCUACUAGUGGAGAGGGUGCUGAGUACUUGUGUGUGCCGCCCAACCCGGGCAUUAGGGCCAGUGCGUCUGCCGCUCCAGGUACUCGCGUGCCGGCUACCCCAGGUGCUGGUGAGGCUGCUGCUCUAGGUGCUCGUGUGUCUCCCCCCCUUGGUACUGCGUCGACUGCCGCAGUGCACACCCUUACAGUGGACUCAGGUGCUUCUCGCUGCUUCUUUCGUGACCGCACUGCCCUUGAGCCGCUUGCUCGGCCAGUUGCUGUCUCCCUUGUUGACCCCUCUGGGGGUCCGGUCAUUGCGACCUCUUCGACUGUCCUUCCCUGCCCUGCGGUCCCGUCGGGCACACUGUCAGGUCUCCACCUCCUCUCGUUCUCUACGAACUUGGUGGCAGGAUGUGCGCUCUAG